UAUUAUUUUAAGUAAUUUAUUCUAUUUUAUAAUUAUUUGUAUCAUUAAAAAAAUCAAUUCUUGUUCAUUGUAUUACAUAUAAUCAUCAUGAAACAAGUUGUUUUAAUGUAAAAUCAUAUUGAGUGAGCGUAAGUCGAUUUCGACUAAAUACAAUUUAUGUUGAAGGAAAUAAAAAUUAUUAUUUAACUCUAUUAAUUCAUCAAUUCAUUUCUUGCAUAACAGAAAAACCAUGACAUUGCAUUCGCAUUGUUAUUGCUUUCACAACGUUCCAUAACGAUACCAAAAAGAGAAAAAAGGAAAACAUUCGUUACCAAAAUGAAUAAAAAUUCAUUACGAAAUCAUCAUCAAAACACUUCAAAAUACAAAAAGAAAGUUUAAAAAACAUCUCGAGUUUUAAUUCAAUUAAAGUGAAAGAAGAAGUAGGGACGCCAAGUUUAAAUAAAAUUCGCUUGCUCUUCGUUCCAAAUUCCCAGUAGUUAACCGAGUUUGUGGUGAAAGAAACGUUUUAGUUUCUCGGUCAACAUCACUAUCGUUAAUCUUUUAAAAGGAUACCAAAGAAAUGUUUGACAUCGUGACCAAGAUUAUAAUAGUCACUUUAUUAAAUAUUAAAUUUAUUGGGUGUUUUAGAAUUAAUCACGAAAUGGUCGAUUCGACUAUAAAAAAAUGGGCACCUUUAAUUAUUUUUCAUCCAGAAGAGAAAUUCUUUCCGUUAAGCGUUGAGGAGUAUUUGGAACAUGUUUAUCCUGCUAAUUCAGAUGGGACUCCCAUUAAAAACGAUUUCAAAAAUGAUUUAAAUAAUAACUUACCAAUUGGAAGAUCAUCGCAUGGCGUUCAUUUAACAACCAGAAUGAAUUUAGACGAUUUAAAAUCGAGUUUAUCCUUUUUAAACGGCAGAAACCCGGAUAAAUUUUCAGUUCCCUCUUACGUAAUUGUAAAUGAAUGUGGGAUGAAAAAAAGAUCCCGAGGAAAUUUUACUUUUAUAGCAUCUUAUUGGUUUUUCUUUCCAUAUAAUGAAGGGAAAAAAGUUUGUUUUCUUGGUUCGCGUAUUCCAGUUCCUUUCAUUCCAGUUUUAAAUAAAUGUUUAGGUGUAACAAAAAAAAUUGGGAAUCACGUUGGUGAUUUUGAACACAUAACGAUUUCAUUUAAUUCCAAUUAUGAACCAACCGAGCUUUUUGCUUCAACCCAUGAUAUCGGUGCUUAUUAUUCCUACGAUUUAAGAGGUAGAGUUUUUCGAUAUAAAGACCAAAGGAGGAGAAAAACACUUUUAAAACACAUUAAUUUUCCUGCGGAGGUGCGGUUGGAUAGAAACAGACCGGUUUUGUAUGCUGCAAGAGGAUCACAUGGAUUAUGGGGUGAUCGUGGAAGACAACGAUAUUAUAAACUUCCCAAUUUAUAUGAUUACACCGGUUACGGGGUUGUGUGGAGAACUUGGGAGGACAUUCAAAUUUAUCAUUUGAAGUAUUCGAAACAACCCGAUUGGAUGCAAUUUAUUGGAAAGUGGGGAAAUCCCAGGGAUGGUUGUUUAUGGGGACUUUGUGAAUUAUCCGAUGCUCCAAAUGGAAUUGUUGAUCGACCUGUUGAUUUUGAAUGUUAAAAUAAAUUAAAUGAAACAAUUAGAUCGUUUGUUAUCUACUUUAUUUUUAUCUUCUAAUGGUGCACUUUAUUAAAACAGAUUUAUUUUAAGAAUGCGAUUAUAAAGGGUAAUAAAACCCAGGACUUUUCACAAUUCUUCAUUUUGUUGCUUUCUAAAAACGAAUAAAAUUGUUAUGAUUCAAUUAACACUGUUUAAGAAUAAAAAUGUACAUAAAUUAC